CUUUACUAGCUAGAAACAUGUUAAUAAAGUUUCUGUUGAUUGUCGCCUCUGUAACCCUAACGCUUUCCGCGGACCAUGGUACUUUCAAGGACUGUACCAGAGUAGACUUUUGCACUAACUUGAGGAGCCGAACCCCCUCUGAUGACUAUUCAGUUGACUCAGGAAGCCUUUCUGCCUCCAUUGAUUCAAACACCUUAACGGCAACCCUAAAAUCCAACAAUGGUGGCUUAGACUUAACCUUCACUCUCUCAGGGCUUCAACAAAACACCUUCAGAGUCAAAAUCACGGAAGUUGAUUCUACGAGAUACGAGCUCCAGGAUGUUCUUGACGGGGAACCCGAAGGCCUCAAUUUCGAUGACGUCCAAAUCGGAGACGACUCAGUAACUGUAACCACAGCCUCUGGUUCAAACUCCGCUACAGUCACAUUUUCCCCUUUCAACAUCGAGUUUGCUAAAGAUGGAAUCACAGAAGUUUUUUUUAAUGGAGAUCGUCUAACAGUAGCAAAUAACGGCGUCACCGCUCCGUUCAGUUUUGGAGUCACUUUUCCUAAAGGACUACAAUUGUAUGGAAUUCACGAGCACUGCGACAGUCUCGCUUUACAAAAUACCGGACCUGGAGGUACCGAUCCGUACCGUUUGAAGAACUCCGAUGUUGUUAAUUACGAACUGAACUCCCCGAUGGCACUCUAUGGCGCGGUUCCUGUUAUCUAUGGACAAGGACCUACAGCGACUGCUGGAGUCUUUUUGCAUAACGCCGCAGAACAAUGGAUUGAAACUACUAAUAAUCAAGACGGCGGAUGUCAGGCGUACUUCAUGGCGGAAAUUGGUACUCUGGACGUUUUUGUUUUGUUAGGGCCUAGUCCUACUGAAGUGGUGCGACAAUACACGAAGUUGACCGGUAUCGCGCAUCUGCCACAACUUUGGGCUUUAGGGUACCACCAAUCGCGAUAUAGUUAUGAAACCGGAUUUGAAGCUGAACUCGUGGCUUCUAAUUUUGAUAGUCAUAACUUCCAGUUGGAUGCUCUUUGGUUAGAUAUUGAUUACACUGAUGCGUUUAAGUACUUCACAUGGAACCCGAGUACGUUCAGUAAUCCAGUGGGUUUGCAAGACACCUUAGCUAAUACUAACAAGAAGUUGGUGACUAUUAUUGAUCCUCAUAUUAAAGUUGAAGAUGGAUACAGUGUGUAUGACGGGGCUUUGGCAAAUGAUCUCUUCGUAAAAAACGCAGAUGGGACCGUCUUUGAAGGACCAUGUUGGCCGGGUACCAGCAGCUACAUGGACUUUUUAAAUCCAGCGGCUAGGGAGUACUAUGGUAGCAUGUAUUCGUACGACAACUUCAAAAAUACGACACCUACUCUCGCUGGUAUUUGGAAUGACAUGAACGAACCAUCAGUUUUCGAUAAUUCACUUGAAAUGACACUACCUGCUGAUGGUCUUCAUAUUGGUAAUGUCAGACACAGAGAAAUCCAUAACAUAUACGGUUUACUACACACGAUGGCCACCCAUCAAGGUCUCCUAGCCCGUGACAAUGGCGAACGCAGACCUUUCGUCCUCACCAGGUCCCAUUUCGCCGGUUCCCAAAGAUACGCUGCUUUCUGGACCGGUGACAAUACAGCAGAUUGGCCCUACCUCCAUGCCGCUUUCCAAGAAUGUCUCAAUGCAAAUAUCUUAGGUCUUGUAUUCUGUGGCGCAGACGUCGGUGGCUUCCUCAACAACCCCACCAAUGAAUUAAUAGAAAGGUGGUACCAAGCGGGUGCGUGGCUUCCAUUUUACAGAUCUCAUUCAAGUAAAGGCACGUUCAGACGUGAACCGUAUGUGCUCCCUGAAGAUUCGCAAGUCGUAGUACGUGAAGCUAUGCAGACAAAAUACAGGCAUCUACCAGUUUGGUACACUCUCUUCUAUGAACAUACGCGUACUGGCGAUCCAAUUAUCAGGCCUUUGUUCUAUCAAUACCCUGAGGAAACUGAUGCGUAUAAUAUUGACGGUCAGCUUUUAGUUGGUACUGAUAUCUUAGUACGUGCGGUUUAUGAUGCUGGUGCUACCGAGGUAGAUGUGUAUUUCCCCGGUGGUGAAAAUGAAGUAUGGGUUUCUGUUAACAGUGAUGAUGUUCAAGUAGGAACUGGUCUUGUCACGGUUCCUGUUACUAGAGAACAUUCUCCCACGUAUUACAGAAGAGGUGCUGUAAUUGCACGAAAGGAUACAGUGAGACUAAAUACGGUUGAGAUGGCGGACGAUUCUCACACUCUGUACUACACCGUUAACGAAGAUAAUACUGCUCAGGGUACUGUCUAUCUAGAUGAUGGAGUUAGUUUCAAAUACAGAGACGAAUCUGAUUUCAAAUACAUACGUAUAAGUGUUGAUGGUGACACCCUUACUUUCGCUACAAUCGAUGGAGAUGGUGAUUACGAGUUUGUUGUGGACGCGAUUGUACGCAGAGACGUUGUAAGCCUUCCCAAGGGUGGCAAACCUGGAUUUUAUAAAGAAACUGUAUUCACCAGAGUUGCCAAUGGAGAACUUUUAAAAAAUAUUAAGAUUGGUUCCAACGGAAAUGUGGUUCUAAAGUUGAAGUAAAAAUCAAUUGUGUUUUCUACUGCCAUAUAUAGUUAUAAUAAUAAACGGUUAUAUUAAAAAAUCUUAAAA